AUGCGCCACUUAUCGUACUGUCGCAUCCACGACGACAAGAACCUGGCAAGUAUCGGAGGCGGGAUUCUCAUGGCCGACUUGAUCACCGCCCUUGGCAGAGAAGGUCUUUCCACCGCAACUGGCAUGGUCCCAUGGAUCGGCUUUACUGGAUGGUCUACAUAUGGAGGUUACGGGCCAUUCGCUAGGAAAUUUGGCCUGGGGUUUGAACAGAUUGUUGCUGCAAAGCUUGUCAAUUGGGAAGGCAAGGUCAUUGAGGCUGAUGAGGACUUGCUCAAGGGAAUCAAGGGCGCCGGCGGCUCAUUCGGUGUGAUUGUAGAGCUGACAAUCAGGACGUACCCGCUGAAGCAAACGUCAAGGCCACGAUUGGCCGAGUGCUAA